AUGAGUAACCUGGUGGCGUCUCAGAUCAUGACCCAUACAGACGUGGGCUCCAGGGCCAACUCCAUCGAGAAAUGGGUAGCUGUGGCCGACAUCUGCCGCUGCCUCAACAACUACAAUGGAGUCUUAGAGAUCACCUCAGCUCUGAACCGCAGCGCCAUCUACAGGUUGAAGAAGACAUGGGCCAAAGUCUGCAAACAGGUGGGAAAUUGUUCUGAUUCUCUAACCUUCUCCAGAGGUCUGCACUCAUUCACUCUCCCUCGCCCUUAUAUCGCAAUUUCUACUAAGCUAACAUAUGGCAUUUUUUCAGAUGGUCAUAAAAUUGAUCAUUAACCAUUUGAUUUUAAGUUAUAUAAAAAUAUAUUUUACAAAUAUUUGAUGAAACAUUGAAUUUGGCCUUAACUGCUAUAGCCCACAGAAACUCAUUGAAUAACACAUUUGUACAUGGCAAAACAGACAGUCAAAAAAUUUAUCAGAAGUAAUAAGGUUUUGAAGUGUCUGUCCUAUAUCUGAGCGAUAUAAGAAAAUUCAGGGAUUUUUUGUAAUAUUUUAAUUUCUUUGUUGGAACUUAACCCCUAUGCACGUUGUGCAAUUUUUACAGCCCUGUACUGGGUUACCUUCAGACGACUCCCCUGAAGCUUGUGUGCGUCGUCAAAUAACUGUGUGUUUGUGAACGUCUCGCCAUUUGAUAUUGGUGACUUAUUCAUUUGUAGCUCAAACGGUUCGGGUCUUACAGACAGGUUUAUGAUGAUUUUCUUGUCCGGAUACUCUCAUGUGUAGAAAAACACAGCUUUCAUAAGCCCCAUGUUAUGGAAUAGACACAAGCUUUAUAUCGGUGGAAAGAGGGUAUUAGGCUGCAGCCACUGCAAUAAGGUAAAUCUCUAGCAUUAAACACACAGGAAGCUAUUCAAUAUUCAAAAUGGCAUCACCGUGUGACACACGGGCGCGUCAAUCGGCUUUAAGCAUUGGAUUGGUGCAAGCAUGGCUGGAGGGAGUUCCUACCAUAUUCCUCACAACAGUCCAUUCCUUUUCAAUCCAUGAAGGGAAGUAUACGAGUGCAAACUUCGGGAGAAAGGUAGAGCAUUUGAAUGUAUUUUUUGCUAAUAACGCUUUGUUGAAGAUCUGUUCUCAGAUCUAAAGGGCCCGAAUUGGUGUAAACGGGGAAAGCUCCCCAAUAUCGACUGGGAAGACUGGGUGGAGCUAAACAGUUAGGGGUUAGGGAAAGGGGUAGGGGUGAGGGGUUGAUUCAGCCCAUCUGAAAUUAGCCCGCCCAACUACCUCAUCCCUAUAUUGUUAUUUAUUUCGCUCAUCUGUACCCCAGUAUCUCUAUUUGCACAUCAUCUCUUGCACAUCAUUCCAGUGUUAAUACUAAAUUGUAAUUAUUUUAUUGCCUUACCUCCAUAACUUGCUAAAUUUGCACACUGUAUAUUAAUUGUAUUUCUGUUGUAUUUUUUUUGAUUUUUGUUUUGUUUUACCCCAUAUGUAACUCUGUGUUGUUGUUUUUAUCGCACUGCUUUGCUUUAUCUUGGCCAGGUCGCAGUUGUAAAUGAGAACUUGUUCUCAACUGGUUUACCUGGUUAAAUAAAGGUGAAAUAAAAUAAAAUAAAAUAAAAUAAAAAUUUCAGACCCUGAUGAAAGUAGUUUGAGACCGAAACGUUGCUAAAUAAGAUCCAUUAAAUUGUUGAAAGCAUCAAGAUUACCAGUGUGCAGGAGUUUUUAUUAUUUUUAUUUGUUGACUUCAGAACAGCCACAUUUGACAUAGGUGUGUUUGGUUUUGACAGACUAAAGCUCUGAUGGACAAGCUGCAGAAGACUGUGUCGUCUGAAGGGAGAUUCAAAAACCUGAGGGAAACCCUGAAAAAGUGAGACACAAAUGUUAUUGAUGAAAACUUACAUCAAGUCCUUUCUUUUCAGUGAGGGAGGUGUGGCCCAGAGUAUUAUGUCCCCAACUCUCUUCUUGUCUCCCUCCUACUUCCCCAGUUGUAACCCUCCCAGUGUGCCCUACCUGGGUAUGUACCUGACUGACCUAGCCUUUAUCGAGGAAGGAACACCUAAUUUCACUGACGAGGGCUUGGUCAACUUCUCCAAGAUGAGGAUGGUAAACACACAAACACAUACACACGCAGGCACUCUGUAUUUUCUCUCUGUAUUGUUGGGAAGGGCCUGUAAGUAAGCAUUUCACUGUUAGUCUACACCUGUUGUUUUACAAAACGUGACAAAUAACAUUUUAUUUUAUUUGACACACAUUGCAUACCAAUGUGAAACCACUUUCAUCCCAUAGAAUACAGCAUGAACACGUUCAGGAAAGCCGCAGGACUGCUGUUUCCAUUGAUCUGCCAUUGAUUGAAUUGUGUUAUGAGAUAUGUGAUGAAGAGCUGUGUUGAAAAUGUUGUGUUUCCUAGAUCUCCCACAUCAUCCGAGAGAUCCGCCAGUUCCAGCAGACACCCUACAGGAUAGAACACCAGCCUAAGGUACGCCUACUUACUUACUAGACACUUUUCAUAUUGCCAAUGGCUAUUUUCCUAGUCUAUUUUGCUUCAGUGUGUCCCCCUGCCCUCUCUCUAGGUGACUCAGUACCUGUUGGACAAGACUCUGAUCAUGGAUGAAGACACUCUCUAUGACCUCUCUCUCAAGAUAGAGCCCCGCCUACCGGCCUGA